AUGGCUAGUGUAGCUGCAUGGCUUCCAUUUGCUCGAGCAGCAGCUAUUGGUUGGGUACCAUUAGCAAAACAUCCAUUACCACCACCACCAUUUCGUACAACAACAAAUGGUGUAUCACCAUCAUCACCAUCAACAUCAAUAACAUCAGCAACAACAACAAGUGUUGGUGAACGUCGUUGUGAUGAAAAAAUAAUAAUUAAUGUUAGUGGUCGUCGUUUUGAAUGUUGGCGUUCAACAUUAGAAAAAUAUCCUGAUUCAUUAUUAGGUUCAAAUGAAAAAGAAUUUUUCUAUGAUGAAGAUACACGUGAAUAUUUUUUUGAUCGUGAUCCUGAUGUAUUUCGUGUUAUAUUAAAUUUUUAUCGUACGGGUAAAUUACAUUAUCCAAAACAUGAAUGUAUUGCUGCAUAUGAUGAAGAAUUAGCUUUUUUUGGUAUAUUACCUGAUAUAAUUGGUGAUUGUUGUUAUGAAGAUUAUCGAGAUCGUAAACGUGAAAAUACAGAAAGACUUCUUGAUGAUCGUCUACAUGAAGAUGAAGAUAAAAUUCAACCAAAACCACAAUCAUUACGUGAAACAAUGUGGCGUGCAUUUGAAAAUCCUCAAGUAUCAACAAUGGCAUCUGUAUUUUAUUAUGUAACUGGAUUUUUUAUAGCUGUUAGUGUUAUUGCUAAUGUAUUAGAUACAGUUGCUUGUGGAUUAGAUCCUGAAACAGGUUAUCCAAGAUCAUGUGGUGAACGUUUUGCACGACAAUUUUUUUGUCUUGAUACGGCUUGUGUUAUGAUAUUUACUGUUGAAUAUUUUCUUCGUUUAUAUGCUGCACCUGAUCGUUUAAAAUUUGUUCGAUCUGUUAUGUCUGUUAUUGAUGUUGUUGCUAUAAUGCCAUAUUAUAUUAGUUUAUUUAUGCCACAUAAAGGUGAAGUUAGUGGAGCAUUUGUUACUCUACGUGUAUUUCGUGUUUUUCGUAUAUUUAAAUUUUCACGUCAUAGUCAAGGUUUAAGAGUAUUAGGUUAUACAUUAAAAAGUUGUGCAAGUGAACUUGGAUUUUUAUUAUUUUCAUUAACAAUGGCAAUUAUUAUAUUUGCUACUGUUAUGUAUUAUGCUGAAAAAACUGUUAUUAAUACAAAAUUUACAUCUAUACCAGCUGCUUUUUGGUAUACAAUUGUUACAAUGACAACACUUGGAUAUGGUGAUAUGGUUCCAAAAACUUGGGCAGGAAAACUUGUUGGUGGUGUAUGCAGUUUAAGUGGUGUACUUGUCAUAGCUCUUCCUGUACCUGUUAUUGUAUCAAAUUUUAGUCGUAUUUAUCAUCAAAGUCAACGAGCAGAUAAAAUGAAAGCUCAACGAAAAGCACGUCAAACACGUAUACGUUUAGCACGUAAUGCAACAAGUAAUGCAUUUGUAGCAGCAAAAAAACGUCGUGAACAAAAUCUUGAUGAUACAAAUACAUCUAUUGAUAAAAAUAUUGUUAAUCCAUUUGAAUUACAACAUCAUCAUUUACUUCGUUGUCUUGAAUUAACAACUGAUCGUGAAUUUGUUGAAAUGGGUCCAGAUGUAUUAAUGACUAGUGGUGCUGGAACAAGUCUUGUACCAGGUGGUAGUGCUCUUGCAGGUUUAGCACGUUUUGGUUCACGACAUAGUCAAUUAUUAUUAAAUCCUCGAGCAUGGUGGUGUUGUCGAGGACGAAGACGAAGAAAAACUUCAUAUAAAAUUAAUACGGAACGUAAAAAUACUCAUAAUGCUAAUAUAAGUGGUGAUGAACAUGAUGAAGAAUUAGGUGAUUUUCAAUUACCAAUAUCAAUAACACCACGUGAUUCAUCAACUUUAUUACAUAAUAUUUCACCAUUAACAAAUGAAAUUUCAAAUCAACGAACAUCAUCAUUAUCAGUAACAAUUCCUAAUGUUGUACUUCAUUCCAAUGUUAAUGAACCAUUAUUAUCAACAACAAAUCGUUUUGAUUUAAAUCUUUCAUUAGAUAAAGAUUAUCGAAAUCAAUUAAAUCGUAAAGCAAAUAGUUUAAUGACAGUUUAUGAACAUAGUUCAAUAAAUGAAACAACAACAACAAUACCAGAUGAAUUAUCAUCAUCAAAAAUUGAAACAUGGCGUGAAAGAUCACCAUCAAGUGUUAGUGAUGUUACAUAUAAACGAAAAAUAAAUUUUACAAUAAAUGAAAAACCUACUAAUACAAAAGAAACAGUAUGA